UGAUUUUCACCUUAUCUAAAAUUGAUAACAAAGAGGCACAUGUGACAUGUGAAUACAAUAUUAAAUAAUAUACGAGAUUUCAGUGUGCAGUUAUAAAUAAAAUGCGCCUCAAACGCCACCAAAAAGCUGAACGCAAUAUCAACUUCUACUGCGUUAGCUUUGGUUUUCGAAAACCGUUUCAAAUACUAGUGGAUGGCACCUUUUGCAUGGCUUCAGCACAAAAUAGAGUGCAAUUACGUGAAGAUAUUCCCAAAUAUUUGGGUGGUGAUGUAAAAUUUUUAACUACUCAGUGUGUUGUUCUUGAGACAGAAGCUUUGGGCGCCGCUGUUCGACCGGCUAUGCACAUUGUAAAGAAUUUUGGUAUUCAUAAAUGUGGACACGAAAAGAAACCUAUAUCCGGAGCAAGUUGUCUAACAUCAAUGGUUAAAGAUAAUAUGAAAACAAGAUAUAUUAUUGCUACUCAAGAUAAGUCACUUCAAAAUGCCCUUUACGUUCUACCUGCUGUCCCUGUUAUGUAUUUUAAUGGUCUAAGUGUAAUUCUGAAAGCACCAUCUCCAACCUCUAUUGAUCAUGCCAAACAAAAGCGACAAUCUAGAUUUAAUUUAACUGAACAUGAAACCAAUGUUUUGACAAGUAUGAAAAGUUCAAUUACAACAGACUUAAUCAGUAGUGAAGAAUUGAAAGAUUACCCUGGGGUAUUUAAAAGAGCUAAAGGACCAAAUCCACUUUCAUGCAAACCCAAAAAGAAGAAAAUUGUUGAAGAUAAUAAUAUACCCAAAGUAGAAAAUAAAAUAAAACGUAAAAGAAAUAGAGUUAAAAUACCUAAACAUGUUAAAGAAGAGUUAAAAAAAAUGAAUAAGCCCAUUUCAAUCUCAUAAAAAUGUUAUUACAAAAAAAAAUAAUAUGUACAGUGUAAACAUUA